GAUGACACGUUGGUUUGAGACUUCGCUGGUCAGGGUAACAGGAAGUCAGGAACACAAAGAAGUCCAAGGAAAAGCCUAGAGAGUGGUGUUGCGAGAUAGUGUCAUGGCUUUCCAAUCGCCGAUAACUUCAAUACCUCGUUCAUCACCGUGCCUCUUUCCCUGCAAAUCUCUCUUUAGCAAAGCCUCAUGCUCCCCUCCUUCAUUUAUAAAUUACUCGUCUCGGUCCUUCUCUUGCUCUCCGCGCAACUUGACGAGUGGUUCCAGUAAUCUCCCCUUAUUGGGGCCCAAAUCUAACAGGACCGCUUCCUUUCGCUGCUUCGCCUCCGCAUUGACUCCUGAGCUCAAGUCUACAUUGGACAAAGUUGUUACUUCACAUAAAGUGGUUCUGUUUAUGAAGGGAACUAAGGACUUUCCCCAAUGUGGUUUCUCACACACUGUGGUACAGAUAUUGAAAUCCUUGAAUGUUCCAUUUGAAACCAUAAACAUACUAGAAAAUGAGAUGUUACGCCAAGGGUUGAAGGAGUAUUCUAGCUGGCCAACCUUUCCUCAACUUUACAUUGAAGGAGAAUUUUAUGGUGGCUGUGACAUUACUGUUGAGGCAUAUAAGAAUGGAGAAUUACAAGAAUUAUUGGAGAAGACAAUGUGUUCCUGAAACAUUUUUAGGUGGGGGAAGGCUGUUGUACUCUUCAGAUCAGUAAUGAUAAAAAAGAUACAGUGACUUAUUUAAUUGCUUGGUUAUAUCGAAAAAUUUAUUGUACUAUUCAACUCAUUUCCGAAGUUUCUUUUAUUAUUUCAAGUAAACUCAGCUCUUGCUAUAGUGUUGGAUGGAAAAUUGUAUUUGAAUUGUCUAAUUCCAGAAGUAUUAGAAUUACCCAUCUGAUGCUCAUUUUGUUGGAAAUAAACUUUUUCUCCCAAUUA